AUGGCAAACCAAGCUCCCACAUCUGCAGAUGCAUGUUUAAGUAUUGUUCAUAGUUUGAUGUGUCAUAGACAGGGUGGUGAAAGUGAAAGUUUUGGCAAAAGAGCAAUAGAAAGUUUGGUUAAGAAAUUAAAAGAGAAACGGGAUGAAUUAGAUAGUUUGAUAACAGCUAUAACAACAAAUGGGGCUUUACCAUCAAAAUGUGUUACUAUACAGAGGACGUUAGAUGGUAGAUUGCAGGUUGCUGGUAGAAAAGGUUUCCCUCAUGUCAUUUAUGCUAGAAUAUGGAGAUGGCCAGAUUUGCAUAAAAAUGAGUUGAAACAUGUCAAGUUUUGUCAAUAUGCCUUUGAUUUAAAACAAGACAGUGUUUGUGUUAAUCCAUACCAUUAUGAAAGAGUUGUUUCCCCUGGAAUUGAUUUAUCAGGUUUAACUCUACAACAUGCUGGUCCUCCUGGCAGGUUGAUUAAAGAUGAAUAUGGUGGGGAAAUACAGAUGGAUAGAAUUGGGGGUGCUAGUGGGGAAACCAGUCAAACAAUACAGCACCCCCCUCAGGAACCUGGCUAUAAUCCUAUGUUACGAGUUAUCCCUGCUGCACCAGCAACCAUCUCGGCGAACUCUACGUCGGGUCACCCUCACACAUCGGCAGUCCUCACUCCUGGAACUAUGUCACAUCCAAUCUCCCCGCAACCAUUGUCCCCAGCCAGCCAAUCAGGUCAUGAGUUGAAUCGAUCAUCCAGUGAGUUAUAUAGUGGUAAUUCUCUAACUCAUGCUGGUCCACCCCACACUAUUCCUCAUGCCACUGGACACAAUAUGCCUCAACCAUCACCCUCACAGUUAGAUAAUUAUACCAAUCAAAUAGCUACACCUUCCUCUUCGACAUUAAGUCAUUACCCUACACCAGAAUUUUGGUGUACCAUAACAUAUUUUGAGUUAGAUCAGCAAGUUGGUGAAACAUUCAAAGUACCAUAUAGUUGUUCUACUGUCACUGUUGAUGGUUAUACUGAUCCUUCUAGUAUUGAUAGAUUCUGUUUAGGACAGUUAUCCAAUGUUCAUCGUACUGAGGCUAGUGAAAGAGCUCGAUUACAUAUAGGUAAAGGAGUUCAGUUAGAUUAUCGGGGUGAAGGUGAUGUAUGGAUAAGAUGUGUUAGUGAUCAUAGUGUCUUUGUACAGAGUUAUUAUUUAGAUAGAGAAGCUGGUCGAGCUCCUGGUGAUGCUGUACAUAAAAUUUAUCCUAGUGCUUAUAUAAAAGUAUUUGAUAUUCGACAGUGUCAUCGUCAAAUGCAGCAGCAAGCAGCUACAGCACAGGCGGCUGCAGCAGCUCAAGCAGCUGCUGUUGCUGGUAAUAUUCCAGGACCAGCAUCAGUAGGAGGUAUAGCACCUGCUGUGGGUCUGUCAGCUGCAGCUGGUAUUGGUGUAGAUGAUUUAAGACGUUUGUGUAUUUUACGAUUAAGUUUUGUGAAAGGUUGGGGACCUGAUUACCCUCGCAAAAGUAUCAAAGAAACUCCAUGUUGGAUUGAAGUCCAAUUACAUCGUCCUUUGCAGCUGUUAGAUGAAGUUCUUCAAGCCAUGCCAAUUAAUGAUCCACGUCCACGACAAGGAUUCUUUCUAGGAUGA